UACUGUGAACGUUUGAUGUUGGAUGAAUCACUAUGGAUAGGACGAGAUUAUCGGAUUAGAGAACAUUUUGAAGCAGGUGUACUUAUGGGUCUAGGAACAUUCAAUCUUAUGCUUUCAACACUUCCAUCUAAGGUGUUGCGGCUACUUGAAGUUGUUGGUUUCUCAGGCGACAAGAUUAUUGGAAUGAGGGAAUUGCAUCGAUGCGCUGCAAUGACAAAUACAUUGAUGGCGAAUUUCAGCGUGAUGCUAUUGCUUGCAUGGAAUUUGAUUGCGUGUUUCAUGUUCGGCGCUGGCCAGCCUGAUCUUGCUCUCUGCCAUCGACUAAUCCCAUCGCUUAUGUCCAAAUACCCUAAGGGUGCAAUAGUGUUGUUUCUUCGAGCACGCCUUCUGCUUGUUUCUGGAGAAAUCGAUGCUGCCAUCUGUUGCUUCAAUAUGUCUAUACAAUCUCAACAAGAAUACAAACAGUUCCAUCAUGUUGCCUACUGGGAGCUGCUGUAA